AUGGCAGAUGUGUCUCCGCAGUUGGGCGGGGACCCUGACAUAGUAAAUGGUGGGUGGGCUCCUAGGUGGUCCGUUGCCGGGUUGUUCAUAAUUGAGACAAGAAAGGGAGAGGAAAGAAUAAAAAGUAACAGGUCAGUCAGUUUGGUAUGCGUUGCUCGAAGCACGUACAGGAAAAGAAAAGAAAUACGUUUCAAACUCGUAACGCUUCACAACCACCGACGGCCCGUCACAUUCAAAUCGCUUGUGUCCGGUACAACACACUCACGAGACAAGCAUGUCCUUUUCUCCCGCUUCCCCUCCUUCAAAUUCCCUCCCACCUCUUUCCUCCCCACCAUUUUUCCGGCCACCGGCAUACUCUUCCGGCAUAUAAACCUGGAUUCCCAAGCCAAGAAGUCACCCGCCGACAAAGCAUGGCAGAAUUCGAGAAGCUCAUCCAACCCACUUGACCCACAUUCAGCUAAGCCGGUGCCGUCAAGACGAAGUCCCGAUGCCAGAAAAUGCAUCGUCCCACAUGGCACCGACAACGGGAGCAGCAGCGGUGGGGGCAGCGGAAGUGCAGCACCCUGUGGUGCAUGCAAAUUCCUUAGAAGGAAAUGUGCGAGUGGGUGCAUAUUUGCUCCUUACUUUGGGUCUGAUCAAGGUGCAGCCAGGUUCGCUGCAGUCCACAAGGUCUUUGGUGCAAGUAACGUCUCCAAGCUGCUGCUGCAUAUUCCGGCGAAUCGCAGACAGGAUGCCGUCCUGACAAUAUCUUACGAGGCUCAAGCAAGACUUUCUGAUCCAGUUUAUGGAUGUGUCGCAACGAUACUGGCAUUACAGCAGCAGGUAGCUGCAUUACAGGCAGAACUAUCGGUAGUGCAAACACAGCUGAUCAAUAGCAGACUGGCCGUUGCCAAUGCCCUGCAAAUCCCACACCAGCAACACCAUGUGGGUCUUCUACAACCAGCAUUUUCCAAUAAUUCCUCCGCUUCAAAUAACCUGGUCACCAUGGGAAACUAUACUGGCCACUUUGAUCCAACAGAUGCAGCACCAUCUUCAAGAAGUUUUGAGCCUCUUCAGCUAUCGCACCCUUCAAAUGAUGAAGACGAUGAUGAAGAAGAGAGCCAGAAACCAAUUGUAUUUGCUAACCCUAUACUACACCCAAAAUAAUCAUCUUACAAGAUUUUUCUCAGAAAGAACAGGCCCUAUAGCUUUUAAAUAAUUGGUGAUAGAGGUGAUUAUCAAG